UCUGGCUGUAACCAUCCACCCCCAGACAGGACUAGUCUACCCACUGGGAGGGGUGCAUGUCUGUCCCCUCACACGCCUGCUGCAGCCCAUACAGAUUGGCUUUCCCAUGCUAGACUCCAGGACGGGGAAUGUUGUGCUCACUGUUGGGGUCAGUCUAGAUCAAGCAUCAGGUUAGUGCUGCUGGUGAGUCGUCACUUCAGCCCAUGUCGAGGUUACCACAUCUUCAGUGAGUUGCCUGUGUUCUGUGUAGGAGCUGUGCUGCCAGUAGGUGGAGUUCUGCUGGCCGAGUCCUUUAUUGAACCUCUGAGUGGGCGGCUGGUGAGAGUGGGAGGUGCCAGCAUACAGGCUGGGCAACUGCUGCCAAAUGCAGGUGGAUACCAGGCCCUUCUAGACAGCAAGGUUCUGGCAGUGAUGUUCAAAGUAUUGGAGCUCCUGAAGCCGCUAACUGAGGAGUGGGGAUCAGAUCAAACUUUGCAGAGACAUCAAGGUAGCGAGAGAGGCAGCGGACGACAAGAUCAUCUUGUUGCUGCAGCCAAAGAGCUCCAGCAGGCCUGGGGACGGAGCCUGCACUGCCAGCUGCAGCUGCAGACCAGGUUGGGCAUGCUGCUGGACUGGGCUGAUGGUCUCCAGAAGGAUGGCGGGACUCUGGGAGAGAUGCCUCUCUUAGGUUCAGAUAUGUGUGUGCCAGCCCUGCUGGGGAUGGAGUACCCUGACCCCAUGGGAUCUGGUCUGAGUGUGCCUGUGCUGGGGUGUCAGACAGACCUCGUCUCUGGGAACAUAAUACCGCUGGCAGGGACCAUGGAGGACCCUGAUGGAAAAGGCCUAGUGGCUAUCUGUUACGCAUCUCAGACUGUUGACUCAGUAACAGGGGCGUUGUCCCCAGUGGUUGGAGCCAGGCCGGAUGUGUCCGGAAAAACCAUUGUACCAGUCACAGCUUCCUGCUGGCUGACUGUGGCCGAUCAAACCAAUAGUGUGCAAGUGGAGGCUCUGCAGAGAGAGAUGUGUGUGCGAAACUCCUACUGGCAGCAGCAAAGGCAACGGGAGGAAGACGUUCUCACUGAUCUGGACUCAGCUCUAUUCCAGUCUCUUUUCAGAGUUACAGAAACAAAGUCUUAUCAGGUCAGCGGUGCAGUUUACUGUUUUGGUUGUAAAUAUCUUAUAUAGCCUGGCCUCUGAGAAAAAGGAGGUGAAAUUCAAAGGGUUUGAUCCUUUCAAACACUUGGAAAGAAGUAAGGGGAUUUAUGAAUGCUGGGAAAAAACAGCAUUGGAAAGUAAUUCUAGAGAAGGUUUUCAUUUCUUGUUGUGCACUGCAAGUAAGCAAGUUGGGUAUGUUUAGGAAAAACUGCAAAGUCCCUGUAACUCUUUGUAUGAGUGUGUGCCUCCCAUACCUUUGUUCCUUCACUUUUACAGUGUGUCCUUUUUGUGUGUUAGUAUGCAAAUAUGUGCCUCCACUGAUCACAAACCAAGUAUAAGUGUGUACUCUGCUGCAGGCCCAGUGGUCAGGGAGGCAGCUGAAGGAAGCAGCCGUGGAGCUACAGGAUUCAGCGCAGACGGAGGCGCAAAGGAGAGCAGCCCAGCGCUCCCACUUGGCUUUGAUCUUGCCUCUGCAUGUAUUACACAUCCUCACACUGGGUGACGAGCAAGAGUGGGAUAGGCAGUGUGUUUGGCACUCAGAGCUCGUGGCAGGCCUUGGUAAGGUGGAUGUGAGUAUGGAGCAGCUGCAACAAGACCAAGAAAAAUGGACAGCACAGCGAGGAGACUGGGCUUCAACAAUCAAUGCUAUGGACAGAGAGCUGAGACAGAGGGAGUUGUGGGAGCAGUGUUGCUCCAGACUGACAGAGUUGGAAGCUGCUCUUAAUGCGCUGCAUUUUG